AUGCCUCCUCCGGACUCACGCCCACCAUUCCCAACCUAUCUUCUCCCCUCCUUCACGUUCCCAUUCCGACGGCGGCAAUCCUCAAUAUCGACCACUGUCCCGGUAGGCUCUCCUCCAGAGCUAAGCUUCAGCCUUUCCUCCUCGGCCAACACAUCGCCUAGCUCCUCACUGUCAUCCACGCACUUCCUACCCAAAGAAACCAUCCACGAAGGUCGGAGCAAAUCACCCAGGGCGAACACGCAGGCUAAUGGAGACUUACGCCUUCGUCGUGCUCAGCCCAACACCCUCAAAUGUGUAACGUGCGCUAGCGAUAUCGCAUUCGCCGACCAAGUCGUGAGCAAAGGCUUCACGGGCCGGCACGGACGGGCAUAUCUCGUUUCCCUGCCCCCAACCGAGGUCUCCAUGUCGGCCGGCAAGAAAGACCCGGGCGGGCUACCAAACACCAAGAUUGGAAGAUCGGUAAACAGGGAGCUGUUGACUGGCCAGCAUGUUGUGGCUGAUGUGAGCUGCAGUAUCUGCGGUGAGGUGCUGGGAUGGAAGUAUGUGGAUGCGAAAGAGGCCGCGCAGAAGUACAAGAUUGGGAAGUAUAUCUUGGAGAUGAAGAGGGUGGUGCUUUCGGUCGGGUGGGAGGACGCGGUAGGUGACGGGGAAGAUGUGGAUGAUAGUCUCGGGGUUUAUGGGAGGGAUGAGGAUGAGGAUGCGGUGGUCUUUGAUAGUGAGGACGAGGAUGAGUGUGAGGCUCUUUUCACUGGGACCUGGGAUCCCGAAGUGGUGGCCAAAAGGCGGGGAAAGAGGAUAUGGGGCAGGAAGAAGAGGAGCGUGGAGGUUUGA